AUGUCACUCCAUGUUUUGAAAGCUCCACUCAAAAGCAGUGUGAAAAAGGAUACUAUACAGGGUUGUCACAAGGACUGUGGCGUUCCGGAAGUUGAGUUCUGCCUGGCAGCUGGUGGUACAGAAGGGCUUCCUAUCUGCAUACAGAGUGCAGCUGCCAAUUUAGAAGAACUGGAUGCUGAGAAAACCCCUUAUAUAAGAGUCAAAUCAGGAGUGUGGCUUGCUUAUUCAGACUGCAAUUACAAGGGAGAUGUGGAGGUUUUGGAAGAAUGUGGUUUGCCAUCUGAAAUUCCUUCAGCAGAUGUAAAAUCUCUGCGGCCCUUAAAAAUGGGUGGCCUAAAGGUACAAAUGCCAAUGGAUGUCAAGAUAAUAAUAUAUGAGAAAGCCCACUUUGAAGGGUGGUCCAAAGAACUUUCAGAAAAUGUCAGUUCUGUCCCAGCUCUGUUUGGUAGUGAAGAGGAGUUUCAGGGAAUCGGAUCAAUACGUGUAAUUGGUGGAGUGUGGGUUGCCUAUGAUAAGAAAAACUACAAAGGCUGUCAAUAUUUGUUGGAGGAGGGAGAUUAUGAAGACAAACCCUCUUGGCAGGGAACUGACAGUGUCCUCCUGUCUUUCCGGUUCCUUCAGGCUGAUUUCAUUGAAUCAUCAGUGACGCUUUUUGAGUCUGAUGAUGAAGAUGGGAAAGCGUUAGACAUCAUCAAUGAAGAAAUCCCUGACUUGGAGCAAGCUGGAUUUGGCUCAGAGACGAGCUCAGUUCUUGUGAGAAGUGGAGUGUGGGUUGCAUAUCAGCAGAAAUAUUUCUGUGGAGAACAAUACAUAUUGGAGAAAGGAAAAUAUAAAUGUUUCUUUGACUGGGGAGGAUCCAGUAAAAUCAUCCUGUCAGUUCGACCUGUUAAGUUGGAACCACUUGGAAUGAAUGAGCCUCCACAUCUGCUCAGAGCUUUCAGUAAUACACAUUUCCAAGGAGCAUGUCUAGAUUUUACCACAGAAGUUUCUGAUUUUACAUCAUUCAUACCAUGUUCAUUUAAGGUUCUUCGGGGAUGUUGGCUCCUGUGUUAUCAAGGGGAAAUCACUGACAAUCACUGUGUGCUGGAAGAAGGCCUCUACAUUAACCUCAGUUCCUGUGGCUGCCCAACUGCUACAAUCAAAUCCCUGAAGCCUAUUCAAUAUGUUUUUGCUGAGCCCUCCAUCAGUCUGUUUGCUCUGGAAUGCUGCAAGGGCAGAGAGCUGCACUUCACUGAACCCAUCAAUUCUGUUUUGAAUGAGGACCUUCAUUUUUACACUCAGUCUGUAUGGGUUAGAAGUGGAUUGUGGAUUGCAUAUGAAGGAUGUAAUUUUUCAGGAAAUCAAAUUCUGCUGGAGCCCAGUGAGAUUUCAAACUGGAACGAGCACAGUGGCUGGAAAGCAAUUGGCUCUCUUCGUCCUGUGAAGCAACCAGCAGUGUACCUCAGAGUGAAGAACCAAGCCCAAGGUAAAUAUUUAACAGUUGCUGGGAGCCCAGCAGAUGCAAGAGCAACAUCGGUGUGUGCAUCCCCAUACAAUGGCAAAAACACCCAGAUCUGGCACUUCUGUCGUGGGCUCUUGAAAUCCAAGGCUAACAAUGCCUGCCUGGAUGUCAUUGGUGGCAGAGAUGUGCCUGGGGCCAAAGUUGCACUCUGGGCCGAACAUGGGAAGGACAGGCAAAAGUGGAGACUCAAUGAGGAUGGAACCAUCAGUUCGUACCUCAGUGACCAGCUUGUGCUUGAUAUUAAAGGAGGAAAUCAUUACGACAAGAAUCACAUCAUUCUGAAUCAGCAGACAGACGGCAAGCUGUCACAAAGAUGGGACGUUGAAAUAUUGUGAGGAAGACCUGCUGCACAGAUGGACCUCAUAUGGGUUACUAAUAUCUAGAGGGGGAAAAACAAACCUUCUGAAGUCUGCCUUCGGCAGCAGCUCCUCUCCACUUUCAUUCAUACCAAGCACCAACUCUUAAGCGAUUGGAUUUUGCACAGAUCUGGAAGAUGGGAAGCUGACCUUGGGUCUUCCUGCGGGGAAGCUGAUUCUUUAGAGGCUGCUCCUAUGAAAGCCACUAUUUCUCUUCAUCUGAAGUGUGAAAAAGGAAAUGCAAGAACUAGAAGUAAGUUUUGCAUGAUGCAAACUGCAAGAGAUAACAUGGGAAAGGCUCUUGAGAAGCUUCCUCUCAAACUGGUGGAGGUUUACUGAAGAGUGAAGGCACUGUGUGUGAAAGAGGUUGAAUUGGACUUUAUGGCCCAAGCGAAACUGUGUAGGCUCCAAGCAGUCCUGCAGCUAAUCAUACCUCUUGCUAAAAUGCAAUUUAUUUUGUUCAUAAAGACAACUUUGAACUGGAAUUACCAGCUCAGCUUGUGAAAUGAGGCAAUACACAAAGCCUGACUUCUGCUCCACUAACAUUAUUGGUAGACCUCUAUCUUCAUUUAACCGUACCAAAUCUCCAGAUUCAAGAACCGGUUUUGCACUGAGCCACAGCCCGUUUCCA